AUGAUGUCUUCUUUGUCGGAAAAAUUACCACCAGGUUUUGUCUAUUUACAUGAAAUCAUACCUGACAUUCAAGUUAGUUUACGGUAUGCAACUGAAGAAAAUUUCGUAGGAUGUAUUGUUAAUGGUUACUACACAAAUGUAUCGAUUAUGACAGAAACAGCUGCAUUAGCUUUAAAACAAGCACAACAAUUGGCUAAGGAACAUGGUUAUCAAUUAGUUAUUUAUGAUAGUUAUCGUCCACAGAAAAGUGUUGAUCACUUUAUUAAGUGGAGUGAAGAUCCGAAUGAUUCUCAAAUAAAAAAAGAUCACUAUUAUCCUCGUAUCAAUAAAGAAGAUGCAUUUGAUUUGGGAUAUAUUGCUAAAAAAUCUGGCCAUACAAGAGGAAGUACAAUUGAUUUAACUCUAAUUCAAAUUGGAAAAUGUUUAUUAAAUCCUUUAGUACCAAUAAAAAGAGUUCUAAACGAUAAUUCAACUAUUUUAUUUUUAGACGAUGGAACUGUUGAUAUGGGUUCCUCAUUUGAUUUACUUGAUGAAGCAUCGCAUACAAAUAGUACACUUGUUAAUAAAGAUCAUCAACAAAUGAGAAUGUUGUUCAAAGAUUUAAUGGAAAAAGUUGGCUUUAUUAAUUAUGAAAGAGAAUGGUGGCAUUAUACACUUAAAAAUGAACCAUUUCCAGAUAGCUAUUUUAAUUUUGAUGUGAAAUCAUCUUAUUUACCAUCUUAA